UCACUGUCAUCAAUCCAAAAUACAGGCAAAGCAAAAAUGAAAUCUGAAAACGUGGGAUAAAAAUCAUUAAGAUUUUAUUAUUAUUUAUCUUAUAUUGAGUAGUCGCUUGUUAGUAUUUCAAGAUGGAUUUUAUUGUAGAUACAGUGGGAGACGAUGAGCUCCAGUUGGCCACAGAACUGAAGGAUGAAGGAGAAAAGCCAAUAUUUGUAGACAAAGCAGCCAGAUUUGAAAGCAUCCUAGCCCUAUGUCAGCAUAAGAAAGAAGAAAUGGAUGCCAUCACCUCCAGAGAAGAUGAGGUUCAAAGAAAACUCUGCCCUAAAACUGAUUUCAUGUUUGAAGCUUUCUUUGAAGAAAUGAACUGGACAAGUGCUGUAGUUAAGAUUAAGAAGAAACCGAAGCUAUUCCAUUUUGAACAGCUAGAUAUAGAAACAGGUAAACUCAAGUCCCAGCUGAGCGUGGUGGACAUAGAGAAGGAGAUGAAGAAAUCAGUUCUCCAUCCAGGCCUGGAGCAACAGCACCGGCUGCCGAAAUAUUCCGUCAGCGAUAAGAUGUUGAGGAUUUUGCGAAAGAAGGAAAGAGCCAAGACCAAAGGCCCCGGCUGGUUCAACCUCCCAGCUCCCGAAGUCACAGAAGAGUUGAAGAAUGACCUGCAGAUCCUCAAGAUGAGGUCUGUUCUGGACCCCAAGCACUUCUAUAAGAAGAAUGAUAUGGAAGCUCUGCCCAAAUACUUCCAGGUUGGUAAGGUCAUGGACUCAUCUCUAGACCACGUAAACGAGCGCCUGACACGUAAACAACGAAAACGCACCAUGGUAGAUGAGCUACUCGCCGACUCGGAGUUCCAGAAAUACAACAAGAAGAAAUAUAAAGAGAUCAUAGUGGAGAAACGGAAGACGGAGUACAGGACUUUCAUGAAGGAUAAGAGACAGAAAAAUAAAGCGGAGCUUAAGAAGAAUAAAGUUAAAGGGAAGAAGAGUAAGAAUUAAAAUUGUAAAUGUAAGUGUA